AUGUCUGCGGGCGACUCUUCAUUUGUUUCGAAGGAGAAGGACGAUGUGGACCUCUCUGCCAAGGAGACUGACUUGUCUGAGGGCGAGAAGAAGGGCGGCUUCGGCGUCUCCGACAAGCAGCUCGCGCGCAUGAUGGAAAAAGACGAUGUUCACAUCCUGGAGAAGCUCGGUGGUCCCGAGGGGGUCGCCAAGUCCCUGAAAGUCGACCCCCAGGACGGGAUCCCGGGCGACGAUGCCGACAUCAACUCGCGCAAGGAGAUCUUUGGCUCCAACACGUACCCCGAGAAAGCGAGCAAGGGGUUCUUGGUAUUUCUUUGGGAGGCGUUCCAGGACGUGACGCUGUUUGUGCUCAUGGUGUGCGCAUUCAUCUCGCUGGCGGUUGGGAUUGCGACGGAGGGGAUCGAGAGCGGGUGGUACGAUGGGGCAGGUAUCCUGGUGUCAAUCACGCUGGUGGUCAUGGUGACGGCCAUUACGGACUACCAGCAGAGCCUGCAGUUCCAGAGCCUGAACAAGGAGAAGCAGAAGAUCUACAUCAAUGUCACGCGCGGCGGCCGGCGCCAGAAGGUCCUCAUCUUCGACCUGGUGGUUGGUGACAUCGUCCACCUGUCUAUCGGCGACCAAGUCCCUGCAGACGGAGUUGUGGUCGAGAGCAACUCUCUGACGGUCGACGAGUCCCAGAUGACGGGCGAGAGCGAGCCCAAGAAAAAGGGCCCUGACGAGCCGUUCCUGAUGUCCGGGUGCAAGAUUGCGGAUGGGGGGGGCAGAAUGAUGAUUGUGGCGGUGGGGAUGAACACUGAGUGGGGCCGGCUGAUGUCGACGCUGAGCAGCGAUGAUACGGAGGAGACACCGCUGCAGGUGCGCCUCAACUCGGUGGCGACCAUGAUCGGCAAGCUGGGCCUCUCGGUCGCCGUGCUCGUCUUCUUCAUCCUCAUCGGCAAAUUCCUCUACAAGAAGAACUUUGACUUCUCCGACUGGAGCGGGGGCGACACGCUCGAGGUCGUCAACUUCUUCGCGAUCGCAGUCACGAUCAUCGUGGUGUCAGUUCCCGAGGGGCUGCCGCUCGCGGUCACGCUCACGCUCGCGUUUGCCAUGCACAAGAUGAUGGAGCAGAAGGCGCUCGUGCGCCACCUCAGCGCGUGCGAGACCAUGGGUUCCUCGACCACCAUUUGCAGCGACAAGACGGGCACGCUUACCAUGAACGAGAUGACUGUGGUUAAGGCCUGGGUUUCGGGGAAGGUCCACGAUGACCCGGCAGGCGCCGUCAAGGAGCUCCCAAAAGAAGCGCUGGAGAUCCUUACUGAGGCGAUGUGCUACAACACGUCCGGCGACGUCUACGUCCCCGAGGGGGAAUCCGAACCCGAAGUUUCGGGGUCGCCUACCGAGGCGGCAAUCCUCAAGUUCGCGCUCGCAAUCAAAACGGACUUCAAGGGCGUCCGAUCGUCCGGCAAGGUCCUCAACACGGAGCCGUUCAGUUCCGCCAAGAAGCGGAUGGGAGUGAUCGUCGAGAAGAAUGGGAAAGCGCGCGUGCACUGGAAGGGCGCGAGCGAGAUCGUGCUCGGUUUGUGCGACCAGGUGACUGAUAACCAGGGCAAGCCGGUUAAGCUAACCAAGGAAAAGAAGGACGAGCUGCUGAAGGUGAUCGAAGACAUGGCCAAGGCGAGUCUGCGAACCAUCGCGUUUGGCUACCGCGAAGUUUCCUCUCCCGGGGGGGAUUCUGUACCCGAAGACAAGCUGAUCUGCCAGCUGAUCGUGGGCAUCAAGGACCCCCCCAGACCGGGGGUGAAAAACUCCAUCAAGCUGUGUCACAAGGCGGGGAUCGUGGUUCGUAUGGUGACGGGGGAUAACCUGACGACCGCGCAGGCGAUCUCAAAGGAAAUUGGGAUUCUUGACCAGGGGGGCGAGAUCAUCGAGGGGCCGAAGUUCAGAGAGUUGUCGGAGGAUCAGAUGCGGGAUCUGGUGCCGAAGCUGCGGGUGAUGGCGCGCUCGAGCCCCACGGACAAGAACCUGCUCGUCAAGCAUCUGCGCGCGCACGGAGAGGUCGUGGCCGCCACAGGGGACGGCACCAACGACGCCCCCGCGCUGCACGAAGCCGACAUCGGGCUCGCGAUGGGCAUCGCCGGGACGGAGGUCGCCAAGGAGAGCGCGGACGUCGUCAUUCUGGACGACAACUUCAGCACCAUCGUGAACGUCGCCAAGUGGGGCCGCUCGGUCUACGCCAACAUCCAGAAGUUCGUGCAGUUCCAGCUGACGGUCAACAUCGUCGCGCUGAUGCUCAACUUCAUUUCGGCCGCGAUCACGGGCGCGGCGCCGCUGACCGCCGUGCAGCUGCUCUGGGUUAACCUGAUCAUGGACACCCUCGGCGCCCUGGCGCUGGCCACGGAGCCCCCCACCGACGAGCUGAUGACGCAAGCCCCCGUCGGGCGCCACUCGAGCCUCAUCACCAACAUCAUGUGGCGCAACAUUUUCGGCAUGGCUGCGUACCAGCUGGUGGUUCUGCUCGUGCUGCAGUUUGAGGGGCGCAAGCUGCUGGGACUCGGCAAGUCGGACCACGACACGCUGGUGCUGCAGACGGUCAUCUUCAACAGCUUCGUGCUGUGCCAGGUCUUCAACGAGUUCAACGCCCGCCACACCGAGCGCAUCAACAUCUUCCGCAACCUGAUCGGCAACCACGUCUUCCUGGGGGUCAUUGCAUUCACAGUCCUGGUCCAGUCCCUCCUGGUCCAAGUGGGGGGCUUUGUGGGUCAAAUCGCGUCCACUACCCCCCUCUCCCUGAAAUUCUGGGCCAUCUGCGUCGGCCUCGGUUUCCUCAGCAUGCCCAUUGCCGCGCUUUUGAAAUGCGUGCCUGUGCCUCGCAAGCCCAUGUUCGCGCGGUCGAAGUCGGCCCGGCGCCGUGACGGGGGUUCGGAUUACCACGCUCUGCCCGGGGGGGAGCAGAACGGCGGCGCGGGUUCAGUCUAGAGAGUGUGUUGCGGGGCAUCGUACAAGAUAGCACGCAGGGUUACGGUCGUGAUCAAGUAAAGAUGAGUUGGCAGUCGCGAAUGCUGCCUUGUCGGAUCUAGAAUCAGCGUUUGUGGAUGCCCGUUUUGGCUAGCCGUACAGAAUGAUGUUUUCGAGGGCACUUCAUUAAACACAGGGAUCCCAAGGAAGUCCUAGAUUGUCGUCUGGACCGUUGGACUAAGUGAGUCCCAAAAUCAAUAUCAUCCGUUUUGACCCAUAUACUUUGCUUUUGAAUAUCUUGAUCGACGGUAAACGAUGCAUGCCAGCGGGUGACUGAAAGCAGCA